GCUUUGAUCCCCCAUAAAUACUAGGCUUUAUGUUCUUGAUUUAUAAGCUGUCGACUUGUUUUUGAUCUAACUACAUGACUAUGGUUCUGAAAUAGAGCCGAAAUAUUGUAAUAACAACCUUUUUGUAUUGUAAUACACCAAAACUUAUUCGGGUGAAAAGGUUUUCAUUUUUAGAAAGAUUUCUGUACCGCAGUGAAAUGUUAUUCCAAUGAUGAAAAAGUGCCUGAUCUAAUUGUAGUGCAAGGCAAACGCCCAGCGUUAUUUGGGAGGGAUUGGUUAAGGAAGCAAGAUAGGGCUAGAUUGGAAGAACAUUUUCAAAGUAACCUGCAGAACAAGCGGAUUAGCGGGCUCUAACGCGAUACACCAGCGCGCGCGCGAAGCGCUAAAACGAGCGCGAAGCGCGAGACGAGAAAAAUCUCUCCUCGCACUUCGCGCUCAUUCUCGCGCUUCGCGCGCAUGCUCGUGUAUCGCUCUAGAGCCCGCUAAUCCGCCUGUUCUGCAGGCUAUUUCAAAGUGACAGAACAUUCAGGGAACAGGUAUUCUGUCCCAAGUCGGAGAUGUUUCCUCCUGAAUAGCGCUCUGCACUAAUGACGUCAUGAAAUUUCAGACCCCCCUCGAGACUCAGACAAUCAAAGACCCAAAUCCUGAGUAAUCCUAAGGGAAAAUUUGUGAAUGGCAAGCAGUUUGCUUCAAUCUUUAACGGUUUUAACCGAGGACGACGACGUUCCUGGUUCUAAAUUUGACAGAGAUCCACAGGAAUACACUGUUGACCAGCUAAAACGGUGGUUAAAGUGCAGGGGCUUAAAACUGAGCGGUAAACGCGAUGACCUUGUGAAACGUGUGAGCGACUGCAUAAAGUGUGGGAAUCACCACACGCUCGAUGCAAGCAUUGACAAUGGUAAAUGGUUCGCUGCCAAGGUUCUUAAAGAAAGUCCGCAGAUACAAGCGACUGGAAGCUCGAUUUCGCUGCCAUUUAUUCCGUCGACCGGCUGGCGGGACUUUCCAUCUCAUUGCAUUCCUUCUCUCUUUAACUACGGCCACGUGUAUUACUACGCGUUAGAAUCGCUUGCAAAUGAUCUAGCAGACAUCGACGACGGACUGGGACAUAUGACCGAUAAGCCAAUGAAAAAUGGAAGGAAGUACGUGGAUUCAGGCUUUGUACACGAUGUGAUGGACACGCAGAACGCCGAUCACUAUUUUGUGAGAGCGCAUGUUUGGCCUUCGAUGAGAACAGAGCUACCGCACAAUGUUGUUGUGAUUAUAUCUAUUUUCUUCACCCUCCGUCAUCAUCAAAAUCAAGUACAAGACCAUGUUCAACAACCGAACCAAACAGAUGAACUGAACAUAGCGCGAUACAGAAAGGCAGUGUGCAGUGCCCUGUGGCUGCAGUUCACGUUAAUGGCUUGUUUUCUACCCCAUGGAAUAGCGCUGGUGUUCUUUGCUAAAGCAGUAAUAUCACCAUCUGUUUAUCUCGUUAACCUGUAUACAGUGGUUUUAGUUUACUUAAACUCGUCACUAAACCCGAUUCUUUACUGCUGGAAGAUAGAUGAAGUGAGACGAACAGUAAAGGACACAAUCAGACAAGUACUUUGCUAUUCAUGCAGUUAG